UGUCAGGACUGUUUAUAUGUUGACCUUUUGCAUGUUUAUAUCCUUGCCUAAUGCUGAAUUCAUACUUCACUAGCUUUCGGAUUAAUGCUGUAAACAUUCUGUACUUUUGCAUUUCUAACUAAUAAAAGACACAAGUUUAUACAGCUGGCUCGAGAGACGGAGUUUGGCUUUAUCUGAUUGGUUGUUGAUUUAUUAGAACAUGGUUAGAGUUUCAGCCAAACAAAUGAUAGCUGGAGAAAACAGCUGAAGACAUCUGGAUCUGGUUGACUGUUACCAAGAAGGACGUGUUUGUAAUCAAGGGCGGACCCCACAGCAGCAGUGUCACCAUGAGGUUCCAGGCUCUGUUCUUUCUCCUGCUCCUGACAUGCAUGUAUCUCACUCUGGCUCAAGGGUCGUAUGAGAACUGCUGUCUGAGGCAUGUUACUGGCCUGAAGAAGAGUACCAAGAGGAAUGUUGUAAGCUACAGGAUACAGGAAACAGAUGGCGGCUGCAACAUCAAGGCCGUUGUGUUCAUACUGAAGAAAGGGAAGACUGUUUGUGCCAAUCCCAGCCACAAAUGGGUACAGCAUCUGAGGACUGUUGUCGAUAAGACUCCAGGGAAUGAGGGGAUGUAGUUGAUCAGUUGCUUCGUUGGAGGAUCUUUCAACCAGUGUAUGCCAAUUUCCAAAAAUAGGACAAUCAUAUCAUCCUGUAACUAGAAUGUGAACUUCAUCAUUAUAUUACUCAUUAUAUUACAGUUUGGCUUAAUGAGUUUAUAUUACAUGCUUUGGGGAGGAUACCUGAGAUUCCAUGAUUUAGAUGGCUGUUAGCAAGAGGUGACGAACCGUGCCUGCUUGUAAUGUGCCACGGCAGCUUAGCAUUAUUGUGUGUGAGGGGCGGAGGGGAUGGAGCGGGGGGGUUAUUCACUAUCCUCAUGGAUACCGGAAAUCCACCAAAAGUCCUCACAAGGAUAGUCAAUUAAGGAAUAUUUUCCCUCAUGGGGACGUUUCCCACAUCCCCAUGAGGACACAGGCUAUUUUAAGAUUAGGGGUUAGGUUCAGGUUAGAGGUUAGGGAAAAUAAGAUUUUGAAUGGAAAUCAAUUUUUGGUGAGGGAUGGGGCAGAAUGCAUUGAAAAGCUACAAUUACUAUUUUGUUUAACCUUGAGACACUACAUGACCAAAAGUAUGUGGACACCUGCUCUAGUCAAACAUCUCAUUCCAAAAUCAUGGCAUUAAUAUGGAGUUGGUCCCCCCUUUGCUGCUACAACAGCCUCCACUCUCCUGGGAAGGCUUUCCACUUUAUGUUGGAACCUUGCUGCUACAACAGCCUCCACUCUCCUGGGAAGGCUUUCCACUUUAUGUUGGAACCUUGCUGCUACAACAGCCUCCACUCUCCUGGGAAGGCUUUCCACUUUAUGUUGGAACCUUGCUGCGGGGACUUGCUUCCAUUCAGCCACAAGAACAAAUGUGAGGUCGGCAUUGAUGAUGGGCGAUUAGGCCUGGCUCACAGUCGAUGUUCCAAUUCAUCCCAAAGGUGUUCAAUGGGGUUGAGGUCAGGGCUCUGUGUAUGCCAGUCAAGUUAAGAUUUCCCUUCACUGGGACUAAGGGGCCUAGCCUGAACCAUGAAUAACAGCCCCAGACCAUUAUUCCUCAUCCACCAAACCUUACAGUUGGCACUAUGCAUUGGGACAGGUAGGGUUUUCCUGGUAUCCGCCAAACCAAGAUUCAUCCGUCGGACUGCCAGAUGAUGAAGCGUGAUUCAUCACUCCAGAGAGUGCGUUUCGAAAGCUCCAGUCCAAUGGCGGUGAGCUUCACAUCACUCCAGCUGGUUAGCAUUACGCAUGGUGAUCUUAGGCUUGUGUGCCAGAGGUAGUUUGGAACUCAGUAGUGAGUGGUGUAACCGAGAACAGACUAUUUUUAAGCGCUGAGUGCUUCGCAUUCUGUGAGUUUGUGGCCUACCCCUUUACUGCUGAGCCGUUUUUGCUCCUAGAAGUUUCCACUUCACAAUAACAGCACUUAAAGUUGCCCAGGGUAGCUCAAGUAGGGCAGAAAUUUCACGAACUGACUUGUUAGAAAGGUAGCAUUCUAUGACGGUGCCAUGUUCAAAGUCACUGAGCUCUUCAGUAAGGCCAUUCUACUGCCAACGUUUGUCUUUAGAGAUUGCAUGGCUGUGUGCUCGAUUUUAUACACCUGUCAGCAACAGGUGUGGUUGAAAUAGACAAAUCCACUUUGAAAGGGUGUCCACAUACUUUUGUAUAUAUAGUAUAUUUUUCUAUCAGUACUAUGUGUUAAAAGCAAUAUUUGUAUAACUUCACAUUUGUAAUAAAGCAAAAAAUGAUAACAAAAUGUU